CUGCUUUCGCAACUCUGCACACUACAGCAAAACCUCCGGGACCCUCGCUAUGACCACAAACGCCUCGAAUAUCGUCUUUGAUGAUAUUUUUACAAUCAGUGCUAUUGACAAAGAGGGAAAGAAAUUUGACAGAGUUUCCCGAUUAUAUGCACAUUCAAAAAACUAUGACAUGGACCUAACACUUGACUACAAUGUCGAGCUGUAUCCCCUUCACGAGGGUCAAUCAUUUGCGUUGGCACUAGCAUCUUCUCUCGCGAAAGGACCGACGGCAGCUGGUGGUGUAGGAAUUACCGAGGAAGAAGACAAAGACCGCGACGUUUGGAGACCAGAUGGAAAGGGACGGAGAGGACUGGAAGAGGACUAUGAGUACGUGAUGUAUGGGAAGGUGUACAGAUUCGACGGUGGAACUGCAGAAAUUGUAACGGCGUAUGCAUCUUUUGGCGGCCUUCUUUUGUCUUUGACAGGGUCAUUCAGACAUAUGACAAGUAUUGUACUGGGCGAUCCUGUGUACAUACUCCUGCGCAAAUAGUUUGCGAUGUAUAUCCACCUCCGCUUU